UGUCACCUGAUUGUGACGUCACCCAAGGUAGGAAGUGCUGUGAGCGGCUAGCGUUAGCUUUGCGACCUUAAGUCAUGCAGAACCUGGCGGCGUUAUAACUUUAUAACUAAAUCCCCUGGAGGGACAGAGGUGGGGGCAUGCCGCAGAAAGAUCCGUGUCAAAAACAAGCAUGUGAGAUUCAAAAGUGUUUACAAGCCAACAGAUACGUGGAGAGCAUGUGUGAGGACGUGAUCCAGGAGAUGCGGCGCUGCUGCGAGAAUCUGGCUGGAAACUCCAUCUGCUGCUCCGGGUUCAAGACGUCUCAACCCCCGGAGGAGAAGAAGAGUCACACAUCGCUGCCUUCUAGCAAUGUCAGGGCGUGAAGCUGUAUCUGGGGCUGAAUGAUAUUUGGUCAAAAUGAUAUCCAGAUAAACAUUUUCACAUCAGCCGGUAUCGAUAAUCGUCACAAUGAUAUGUCACAUUAUUAUUUUUGUUGAGUUUAAAGACACAAAAGCAUCAUAUUAAUAUUUAUUGGUGAAUAUUAUAUGGCAAUACUUAUUGGUAUUGAUUUAUUCAGCAGCCCUAAUUGCAACUGAUGCAUAAUGUGGAAGAGUAUGAAUCCACAGGUGACAUUAUUUUUGAUAUGUCUGCUGAAAUACAAUGCAGUGCAACCUUUAUUAAUGUUAUAAUUGACUUAAGUGUUGUGUAAUAAUGCCGCACCUCUCUGGUAGAGUCACAGCACAAAGUUUAAUUAUAUAAUACCAGCUGUCAAAUGUAGUAUUUAUUUAUUGAGCCACAGAGUAAUACAGAACAUUGAACUUGUUAAAAGGUCACACCCAUGACAAACCCACAUGGUGGAUUAAAGUUGUAUUAGCUGAUGGCACUCAUGGGCUGCACAUAAAAACAUUGUACUCAUCUCAAGAGAUAUGUGUGGAUCAAUAUGACUUUCCUGUUCUGUCACAUGAUGACUAACACUGUUAUUCUUCUAAAUGUAUUAGUCACAUGAUUUAAAAAAAAAAAUCAAAUGUAUAAAUAUUUGUCUUGAUUUGCUCUUGAUAGUCAUUUGUUUUUAAAUCAAAUAAAUAUGGUGUUUUAUCAGAAA